GGUUGCGGCUGUGUUUAUGUGUUUUUCGGUUAAAAUGGCUUCAGCCGCUUUGGUGGAGACUUCUGCAGGGAAAGAUGUUAUCGCCGAGGGGCUGCUCGACCUCCUGAAACCAGCAAUCCAGCAGCUUGACUUGCAUGUACACUCAGUGAGAGAAAGCCAGGUGGAAUUAAGAGAACAUAUAGACAAUCUUGCAACAGAGUUGUGCAGGAUAAAUGAGCAUCAGAAGGUGGCGUUAGACCUGGACCCCUAUGUGAAGAAGCUGCUGAAUGCCAGACGGAGAGUCGUGUUGGUAAACAAUAUUCUGCAGAAUGCACAGGAACGUCUAAGGCGACUCAACCACAACGUGGCAAAGGAGACGGCACGCAGGAAGACCAUGCUGGAGGCGUCAGGAGUGUUCACCUCCCGCUCCCCCAGUAAACCCUGAUCCUCCUCCUCCUCUUCUUCCUCCUCCUCCUCCCGAUCCAUGCAGCAGAUUCUGUGAACUGUCCUGACCAGCACGCAAUCAUCAAUACAGGAAACUGAAACACGAGGAGGAGGAGGAGGAGUCUUCCUCUGACAUUUAGUUAGCUGUCUGUCUGAUGACAUCCUGCACUGCUUUGUCAAAAUAAUAAUCCAGGCUGUCAGCUGCUUAGCACCAUGCUGCUGCACUUCGUUUAAUGUCUAAUCGUGUGGAAUAAUUUGACAUGGGACAUUUAUUGUAUGUAUUUAUUAGAACAAUUCAAAUACACGGCUUCCAGGGAAAAGAUCAAUAAUUCUAACCAUGCGUAAAAUGUGAAUAACAUCCCUCAGUUUGCAGGAUCGAUGGCAACACUCAGUAUGAGUAAUCACAUCGAGCAUAAUAAUUGAUCCUUGUUCCUCGACUCUAAUCGGUCCCUUUCUUUUUGAAAUGCUCGUUUACAAAUGUGAUCUUGAUAUUUCUUUAUGAGGUGAACGUUAAAGAGGCCGUUUCUCUCCGUCACUUAGCAUCGGCUUCGAGAUAAACACAAACCUGCAGAUUUUUCUAAUCUGCUUUACCGUCUUUCACCGUCCAAGACAACAACAAGCAAACACAGCAUCAUUAGCACACUGAAAGGAAAAUGAAGAUGGACAAACAUCAAUGAGAGCACUGGGAGGUGAUGGUUUAAUUUACCAUGGUUAACAUACUCUUUGGGGUUUGCUGCACUUGUACUGGUGUUGGUGUUUUGUUUCCACUGUUGUUUACAUUUCUAUAACGGCUGAACCAACUAAAAGAUGUUUUUGUGUAAAUGAGAUUCAAACCUUUAACACCAGUGUCAUCGCUGGAUGCAGCAUUGAUAAUUCAUUUAGUUCCACUAGUGAUUCACAUAAAGGCUGUCAAAUAAAAUGUUGUUCUUUCAAUGUAAAAGGAUACAAUCUCCAUUAUUGUAAUGAUUUGAAAGUAUCCAAAAAUAUCCAGACUUUAUAAAAACCUUCGGCUCUUCUGUCCUAUUUUUAGCCAAAAGCAGCAGGGAGCAAAACAUGCUGCCACUGACACUGCACACUCUUUAAUUAAGGCCAUUCAAAACAAAAAUAGACAUUUAGUGCGCAGGGCUUCUAUAGUUAUUUUGCUGUGGUAUCACAACAGGUUUUAUUUUGACUGUAAAAAUAUCUACAUUCUAAAUUCUGGUAUGCAAGACUCACAUUUUUUUUUUUAAAUCCAGUCUGAGAACCUAGACCGGAUAGAUUAUGUCUCCUGCACUUGUGAGAGUGGUUUCGGGUUGUUUUUUUUGUAUGAUAUCCAUUGCUUGUGAUAAAAGUUAAAUUAAAAAUUAAAUGUUAA